AUGUCACAUACUCCUGACCGCUCACCCCAUAGCAGCCCCAACCCGGACGCUUACUCUGACACCGAGGAGAGAGACAACGGCAUGUCCUUUCUCCAUACCCACGCCAAUCGAUCAUUCCCCCAAGACCGCUACCCCGACGGCACUGUCGAUGGUGACCAUUUCUCCAACACCACCUUCCCCGGCGGCCGCCGUGGUCCGCGAGACUUACGUCGCACCAAUGCUUUCCACUCCCACGUCGCUCGCUCCAUCCGCGACUUUGAUCAUCCAGACGAUCACGUCGAUGAGAACAUCACCUCCCAAGAGACUGACAACGGACCAGUUCCGCACCGCAACACUGCUCGAUGGGAGAGAGGAAGGUUGCCCGACCACACCAGCAUCGCUCAGCAGCCCGUUCGUGAGUCAAGUCGCUACCACCCGUAUGACAUGGAGGCCGAUCGCACCCCUACCACCACCCGCAUGCGCGGCCAGUCGCGGUCUCUGUCUAAACGCCAUCGGUACCAGCCCCGUGAAUCAAGCUCUCGCAACCGCUGCCGGUCUAGCAACUCAACCGAGGAACGUGAUGAGACCCCCUACGACCGCGAUGGCCGCCACGAGCAUGCUUCCCCCAAGAAGGCCUCCCACCAUCCAAUUCAAGAUCGGCAGGCUAUCGAUGCCAUGCUGCAGCACUACAUCAAGAGCCUUUCGGAGCAGGAGCGGAUGGCAUUCUACCAGGGGCUCACGUCCGGUGUGAACAAGCCUGUCGCUGGCCUGACACUUGAGGCUGAGCCUGCCGCCGCCAACUCAAUUGACGCGCCGACCGAGACCGUCGUUGGUCUUCUCCCGGCUCCUGCCGUUCAUCACCUCGACGAUAGUGACGUACUUGCUGAAGCAGAGGUGGACUUUGAGCGGAUUAAUGACGUCCUUAAGCAGCUCACGAGAGUGGUAGACGACAGCAAGGUCAGACAGGACGACGAGACAAGCGCCGUCAUGGGCUGGUUCCAGCCCCUCCUGGACAAGCUCAACGGCAGCAUGAUCAAUGCUCAUCUGAACACGUGGCACGACAGCGAGACGGUGCUGCACGAGGCGUUACUCAACCUUACCACCAAGGCCCUCGCUAAGGCGGUUGAGCUUAAGGAGAAGGCCGUAGUGGAGCUUGACAAGAUAGACGCCGCCGAAAAGGAGAAGCUCCGUCUCAUCGAGAUCGCACGCGAAGACUUUAAGAAUAUCUUGUCGGGCCAGCAGGCCGAGCUCGGCUUGCUCGACGCCGGCUUCGAGGAGAAGACCAAAGCGCUGCGCAACAAGGCGGAGAAGCUCCUAACCACCGACGAGAUUUCUGCCGAGGCCCUCGCGAAUGUGAACAGACGGCAGUCGACGAAGAUCAAGGCUCGCCGGUAG